AUGGCGUCUAACAAAAUCUCCUUCUCCUUUGUUCUUUGCCUAUAUAUGUGCUCUCUAUUAGAUGCAAAAAGUAUGAAUCCAACGGGAAGACGAUGCCCAGAUCCUAACGGUGUGGAGAAGAAAAGUAUGUGUUACAGUUCCUGUAAGACACAAGGUUUUAUGGGUGGUUCUUGUCAAGGCCACAAGGGUAAUUACAUGUGCGAGUGUUAUGAAGGAUAAACACCAUCUCAUUGAUAAACUCUGUCUUGUUUAAUUGAUCCACUUAGUCUCCUAUCAUCAUAUAAGAAAGAUACUUGGUUAUCCAGUAGAAUGGUGAGAUCGUAGAUGGAAAGUUGUCCGACCAUUCAACAUCGUCAAAAGGCUAAUGUAUCAAGUUGAUGUAAAAUAAUUGAAAAACUUUUAUAGAGAC